AUGAAGGGACUGUGUAUGGAUAAUCGUACUCUACUUGACCUGUACUAUAACAGAUAUCACGCUCAAAUGGAACUUGGGCGAUAUGCAGAAGCGCUACAAGAUGCGGAGAAUUGCUGUAACCGAGACCCUUCCGACAUCAAUGGAUUCAAAAAUAAAAUUCGAGCACUCUUGGCUUUGGGAAGAUAUAAAGAAGCAUAUCGAUUACUCAAAACUCGUCAAGAUACUGAAGAUCAAGAUUUUACUUCCACCUAUCGUAAAUGGGCUACAUUUUAUGUUGACAUGAGUACACCCAAUGCAUUUAAACCAGAUGGGGAUUUCAUUGGGCCAGUGGAGAUCAGAAUGACAAGCAAUGGUUGCGGCAGGGGUUUGUUUGCCACGGAGAAUAUCAAGGCAACUGAAGUGGCGUUGAUUAGCAAGGCUUUAGCUGUGUCCGACAAAGUACUGGGCGAUCCCAUCAAUAAUGGGCUGCUUCAAAGGCUCAAAGAAGCGCUGAGUUCAAGCGGAGACAACAAUUCAAUACUCUUUCUUUCGCACGUCACUUCCAUCCAUCAUCAAUUCUCGAAUUUCCUUCCCCAAAUGUCAUAUUUCAUGAAGGAUUCCGCCGAAGAGAACAAUUUGUCAGGUGGAAAGGGAAAGAAUUUCUGUAGAACUAUAUAUGAAAAUCUCCUCCUUCGUGUCAUAAAUCGAAUAGCACUGGACAACUCUUAUAGUCCAUCUGUUGUGCGAAAAAAGGGUAUGCAAAAAUUCAUUUCCAAUUCUGAUCUCAUGAUGAGGUUCUAUAAUGGCGUAUGGCUUCUUCCUUCCUUUAUAAAUCAUUCAUGUGCACCCAACGCAGCAAGAAUGAGUGAUGGUGAUAUUACGAGAAUCCAUGCCACCAAGAACAUCGAAAAGGGCCAAGAAAUCACAAUACCCUAUUUCGGAGUCCUGGUUUCCUAUUACAUUCGACAACAAUAUUGCCAAAACUUCGGUUUCGGGUGUGAAUGCAAGUGCAAAAGAUGCGACGUGGAAAGAAAGUUUAUAAAUUCUGAUUCAAAAGUUCACAAACUUUACAGUGAGUAUCAAGUUGCCUGCAGAUCCGAAAUGAAUCAACGAUCUUCUUUGUUGAUGCCGCUUCUGGAACGAGUGGAAGACCUUUUAAGAAAUUUUAAUGGUGAUAAAGAGAGUGAAGCAUGGAUUCGAUCCUCCUUUCUGGUAGUUUAUUUGGCACAUGUCUCUUCCGGGAGUUCGAAUCCGUGCCCACCGCCUUCUGUCAUUACGCCCGAUCUUGUAUUGGAGCAAGCAUAUUCGAUAUUUCAAACAUGUCCUGGGGACGUUCAAAUUCUCAUAUUUUGCCAAUUUUGCCUCAAAUUUCUCAAGUGCCCAGAAGACGAACAGUCCAGUUCGACAUCACCUCUGAAACUUAUCUUCAAGUUAAUGCAAACGGUCUGUUCGCUAGUCUACGGACAACAGAGGGAAGGUAUUCUAAAAGCUGUUUUCAAAAACUUCAUAAAAGAUACCUUCCCAAAUAUAUUGGUAUAG